UAGCUCUAUUUUGUACGAAACUCCAUCAUUCCUCUUGUCCUUGUACACGAUUGGCUUGGCUGUUUGUUACUUUACUACCAUCCUAUAGAUUAGGAGUAACUAAGCUAUUUGAAAAUGGAGAAUUACAUGGGGAAGAGCACAGUAAAGUUGGGGCCAUGGGGAGGUCAAGAUGGAAUUCACUGGGAUGACGGAGUUUACUCGACAGUCAGGCAAGUUGAGAUUGCUCAUGGAACUGGUAUCGACUCUAUUAGAGUAGAGUAUGAUUCAAGUGGGGUCUCCAUCUGGUCCGAAAAACAUGGUGGUCAAGGAGGCAAUAUUACUGACAAGGUAAAACUAGAGUACCCAGAGGAGUUUUUAACUUCAAUGCACGGACAUUAUGGUAGUUUGAAGGGAUGGGGACCUGCCUUAAUAAAAUCUCUUACACUGAUUAGUAACAAAAGAAGCUAUGGACCUUAUGGUACUGAAGAAGGAACAUAUUUUUCACUGCCAAUGACUGGCGGAAAGAUUGUAGGCUUCCAUGGAAAGGGUGGAUGGUAUCUUGAUGCUAUUGGGGUUCAUUUUGAGCCUACUUAUAAACAAAAUCCUCAAAAUUCUGUUGCUCAAUUUUCUCAAAAUGCUUAUUCCACUAAUGACAAUUUUGGUUACUCGAUGAUACAAGGAAGCCUGAACAAGCAAUAUGAUGUAGUCAUUGCAGUCAAACAAAAAGACAGCAAUGCUAAUUUUCUGCCCAACUACUUUAGCAAGAAAAACCAGUUCACCAUCACCGAUUACCCGACUCCAAAACCAGCAACUGAUAGCAGAAAUCAGUUCACCAUCACGGAUUAUCCGACUCCAAAACCAGCAACUGAUAGCAGGAAAAACCAAUUUACUGUUACUGAUAAUCCAUAUCCAAAGCAGACUAAGGUAGUUGUUCCUCCUACUGUGCCAAGAGUUCCCUCUAAGGAUGUGAAAGACGUAUAUACAUAUGGACCCUGGGGUGGUGCUGGAGGAACAGUGUUCGAUGAUUCAACCUAUGAUGGUAUUAGGCAAAUCAGAGUAAAACGAAAUGUGGCUAUUGUUUCCAUUAAAGUCUGCUAUGAUUUCAAAGGUGAAGCAGUUUGGGGAAGUAAAAAUGGAGGAAGUGGAAGUUUUAAGAAAGAUUUGAUAGUGUUUGAUUAUCCCUCAGAAGUCUUGACACAUAUAACGGGAUACUAUGGGCCAACGAUGGUCAUGGGACCUAAUGUUAUUAAGUCUCUCACUUUCCAUACCACGAAGUCAUACUAUGGUCCUUACGGUGAAGAACAAGGACAGCCAUUUUCUAGCAACUUAAAAGAAGGAAGGAUUGUAGGAUUUCAUGGUAGAAAGGGGUUAUUUCUUGAUGCAAUUGGUGUCCAUGUCAUAGAAGGUAAAGUUUUGCCAAAAUUACACUCCCCAAGUAAAGCUCUGCCUGCAGAUAUAGCCUCCUCAGGAAAACCUGUGCCACCAGUAAGCUCCUCAAACCAAGUUUUACACCCUAAAAAUCCCCCAACCACACUUUCCAUCAAACCAGCAAUUAAAGUGACACUUCCGACAGAUUCUCCGGCCAAAGUUUUGCCACCAGCAAUAUCACCAAAAAAGCCCACUAAGCAACAAAAUGAAUUAGCCAUUAAACAGCCAGGUUCUCCGAAAUGGUCGUUUAUAACAGGAAGGCGAGGAGCAUCUGAAGAGGAUCACACAUAUCAGGGCGUGCAACGAGUUAUUAAAGAUCCAGCUCCACAUGGAACAGGUCCAUGGGGAGGUGAAGGUGGUAAACCAUGGGAUGAUGGAGUAUUUACCGGAAUCAGACAGAUUAUCUUGACAAUGUCUCCCCAUGCCAUUUGUGCCAUAGAAAUUGAGUAUGACCGAAAUGGACAAUCUGUCUGGUCUGUGGCCCACGGAGCAAAUCGUGGCGGACAGACAUCUGAAAGGGUGAAACUGGAGUUUCCACAUGAAGUGCUGACUUGCAUUAGUGGAUAUUAUGGAGCUAUAAGUAAAGAUGAAGCGAUGAAAGUAAUAAAAUCACUCACAUUGUAUACAAGCAGAAAAAAAUAUGGACCUUUCGGUGAAGAAAAAGGUACGUUUUUCACAUCAGCAAAAACAGAAGGAAAAGUGGUUGGACUGCACGGGAGAAGCAGCAUGUACUUGGAUGCCAUAGGAGUUCACAUGCAGCAUUGGCUAGGGAAUCAAAAGCCAAAGCAAUCAUCAACAAUUAUGAAACUAUUCUCUUGAUCAGUUUCAUUCCAUGUACGGUCUUAAGUUGAUAUAAAAGGUGCUUUAAAUAAGAACAAGUUACAUAUAUCAUAUGUAAACUGAAGUCCAACCACAGGUUGGAAAACUGUAACUUAAAAACGUUGUUAGCGUGUGGUGUGAUUUUUAAUACGAAUAAAAGUUGAUGGUUUUACA